AUGGCGCCCAGUACGCGGACCAUGACCACUGCCUCUGCACCCGAGAAGCGCAUGUUUGAAGGACAGGCUUCGGUUGCUCACCUGCCUGUUCCGAAACUGGAAGACACGCUUCCGAAGUACUUGCGCACGACGCUGCCGUUGCAAACGAGCCAAAGUCUCGCCGUGACAGAGUCGGCUGUCAAGUCCGCUCUGAGUGGCAAGGACGCGGCAUUUGUGCGUGAGCUCCAGCAGCGUCUGGAACAUCGCGCCAACAACGAGGGCCGCGACAGUUGGCUUGCUGAGUGGUGGCUCUCGUAUGCGUACAUGAGUUACCGCGGCGAGCUGGUUCCCAAUGUGAGCUACUUUUACCUGCACAGGUCGGACCCCAAGGCAAAGACCAACGUCGCGCGCGCCGCGCAGAUGAUGAAGGCCACCAUGAUUUUCCGCGAGCUUGUGAACACCGAGCAGCUCGCGCCCGAAAAGACCAAGACUGGCUAUCUAGACAUGGCUCCGUUCAAGUACCUGUUUAACGUGUGCCGCAUUCCCCAGGCCGGCGAGGACGUUUGCUUUACUGCGGAUCCUGCGAAGCACAACCACGUCAUUGUUGCGCGCAACGGAUACUUUUACGAGUUUGAUCUCAUCCAUCCAAUCUCCGGCAACCAGCUGAGUGUGCCAGAGAUCGAGGUGCAGCUCUCCAAGAUUCUGUCAGACAAGCGCAGUGCGUCGAUGAACAAGCAGCCGAUCGGUGCGUUUACCGCCGACGACCGGGACACUUGGACCGAGGCUCGCAAAGCACUGCUCUCGGGACCACACGCCGAGAAGAACCGCAAAUCGCUUGAGCGGAUCGAGUCGGGGGUUGUUUUGUUUGCGCUCGACAAUGGUAAGCCCGUCUCGCUCGAGGACCGUGGCUGGAACGUGUGGCGUGGUAACCAAGGCAAGAACCGCUUCUACGACAAGCAGCAAUUUGUAGUGUCGGAGAACGGUGUGUCUGGCUUUGUCGGCGAGCACUCGAUGCUCGAUGGCACGCACACGAUGCGCUUGAACAACUUUGUGCUCACCGCGCUUGCCGAUGGCAAGAUUCCUCUCGAGGGUGAGGGCGCCGGUGCUGUCCUCGACGACCCCGUCCUACUCGAGUUUGGCGAGGAUGCUGCGACGGAGAAGGCUGCCAACGACAGCGCCGCGCGUUUUGCUUUGUCCAUGGAAAAAGAGGCGCUCUCUGUCCUUGACUUUGAGGGCUACGGCAAGGGCUUUGUCAAGCAGUGCAAGACGUCGCCCGAUGCUUGGGCGCAGAUGGCGAUACAGAUGGCCUACUACAAAAUGUUUGGCACUAGUGGUGCAACCUACGAGGCUGCACAAACACGCAAGUUCAAGGGCGGCCGCACCGAAACGAUCCGCAGCUGCAGCGUCGAGAGCCAAGCGUUUGUCGAGGCAAUGGGCAAUGUCAAUACGCCCGACGCUGAUCGCGUCAAGCUGUUUGAGCGCGCGUGUAAUCAGCACGUCACCUACGCCAGGGAAUGUGCUGAGGGCCACGGCGUCGAUCGCCAUUUGCUUGGUCUGAAGCUCUCCAUGCGUCCUGGCGAGGAGUUGCCCGCUCUGUUCAAGGAUCCUAUGAACGCCACCAGCGGCACUUGGCUGCUCAGUACCUCGCAGAUCAGUGCAGAGCUGUUUGACGCUUGGGGCUUUGGCCAGGUGACGCCCAAGGGCUUUGGCGUUGCGUACGCCAUCAAAGAGAAUGCGUUUACGUUUACCAUUGUCUGCCUAAAGGACGAGCAUGAUCCUAAGGAGUUUACGCAUUACUUGAACGAGGCGCUUGUCGAGCUCAAGCAGCUCUACAUGCGCGUACACAAAUCCAAGAUGUAG